GCGGCGUCGGCCGACCAGAAGGCCUUCCUCGAGAAGUACGCCGCCGAGGAGGGCGCCGUGACCAAGGACAGCGGCCUCAUCUACAAGGUGCUCAAGGACGGCACGGGCGGCUCGCCGGGCCUCGCGACGCCCUGCAGCUGCCACUACGAGGGCCGCCUCGCGACCAACUACCCGAGCGGCAAGACCUUCGACAGCUCCUACGCGCGCGGCUCGCCGACGACCUUCGCGCCGCGCCAGGUCAUCAAGGCCUGGACCGAGGCGAUGCAGGAGAUGAAGGUCGGCGCCAAGUGGGAGCUCGUGUGCCCGCCGGAGAUCGCCUACGGGUCGCGCGCCAUGGGCGCCGACAUCCCCGCGAACAGCGUCCUCGUCUUCACCAUGGAGAUGCUC